AUGGCAUCCGCUGGCUCUUCGCCUCCGGCGCUCGCCGAGGAUCCUUCGCCGCCCAGCACGCAGGAUGCCUUCAUCGAUGCUAUCGAUGCUGCUUUUUCGGACAAGGAGAGAGAAUGCGUGGAUCUGUUCCCGCCGCAAGGCGCCACAGAGGACGAAGAGCAAGAACGCCUGGCAUCGAGGAGGCAGAUGGUGAUAAGCGCGAUGUCUGUCAUGGAGAGUACCGACGACAGCUUCAUUCGUGCCGCACCUGCCUGGGCAGUGCUGUGUUGGUUCGGCCUAGCUCUCCGCAGGAGGAAGCUGGACCCAAAUCACCUUUAUUCCAUGAGUUCUCAGGUAGACUCCAUCGAUGAGUUCUGGUCGCACAGCUGGCACUGUUCGGGGCUUUUGAAGGUGUGGCUGCUUCUCAUGCUGAAGAAUGGCCGCGCUGCUUGCUUGGGCGGCACGCUUGUGGCUGUGCUGGUCGCGUACCUCUCGUACGCAGACCUUCUACCAGGAUGGUACAAAGAGCCAAGAAUCCAGGGACCAGGCUACAGCGGAGAGUUCAGGUUCAGCCCCUGGUCAAAUUUGAGCGGAUGUGCUUCGGCCGUGCUGCUGCUGAUCUUCUGGCAAUCCUCGAGCAAGGUCUUCCUGGAUCGUGCCUGCAUCCAUCAAGGCAAUGCCAGGUUGAAGGCCGAGGGCAUCCUGAACCUGGGCGCCUUGCUAAAGAAGUCGCGGACCUUGGUGGUCGUGUGGGACCCCUCCUAUCUCUCCAGGCUGUGGUGUGUUUUCGAGCUUGCCGCAUUUCUCCACGGUCACCGCGAAGAGCUUCAGACGAGCUUGAUCAUCAAGCCCACCGUUCUGGUGCCCAUGUCCUUCAUCAUGACGACUACCGUUGCUCUCAUGCUUCUCUUUGAAACGUGCCUCCCGGAAACACGUGAGGUUGCCUUCCUGCGGAUAUUCUUAUUUGCAGUGAUGCAGGUUCCUGAACUCUAUCUGUUUCAGAAACUCUGGAAAACGGUCAUGGACGCGGAGAAGCAGUUCGGCAGCUUCACAUGGCAGAAUGUCACCUGCCGCUGCUGUUCGAUAAACCACCGCGACCCGAAAGGGAACGUCAUUAUUUGCGAUAGGGAGAUUCUGGAAGAAUGCAUCGUCCAGUGGUACGGCUCCGUGAACCAGCUGGAGCUCAGCGUCCGUAGCGACGUGCGCAAUGCCUUCAUUGAGCAGGUGACCCGCUUCCCACUGGGGUAUCAAUGGCUGGUUGGGGUGCACAUAGUGAUCCUCUGGGGGCAGUUGGAUCCCGUGGCGGCGGGAGCACAUGGUGGCGCCUACAGCUUUGCAGCCUCGAAGAUGAUAGUUACCAUAGCUUGGCUUCUGUGGAUCGUGCCAGUGCAUUAUAUCUUCGUCUUCCGGGUGUCUCACUGGAUGGCGACCUGUCAAUCGAGACCACUCCGCAUGCGAAUCUGCGCCGCUUGCGCCGGAUGUGCAGUGAUUGAGGUGCUUUCCGCUGCUCCCCACGUCCUGCAGGCGGCACUUUACCAAGCCAUGCCGGAGGAGCCCCUGAUCGCAGCUGGGACGUUUCUCGUUGUGACUCUUUGCCUGGCAGCCGUCGGCCGUCAUGUGCUGACCCGGUCCUGGAAGGGAGGGCCAGAGACGGUAAGCCAGAAGUAA